AUGGACAAUUAUGUCAAUGAGAGAAUGGAUAUUGUGACUGUUGUCGAAGAAAGUGAUGAGAACACCUGGACAUCGCGACAGGCCAAUCUAUGGCAGGAAUUAGAGGAUUACCAAAGUCAAACGUCUUCAACGGUUCUACUAUACGCCAGCUUCUCCAAGGAAAACAUCGAAAGCUCGCCCGUUCUAAAGCGCGAGAAUCCAGACGUCUUUUUCCCUCCUGACUUCUUCCCCGUCAUCAAGGCCGACCUGAAUGGGACAUUCUUCUGCGACUACGACAUUGACGAUGAAGGAAAAAUCACCAAGCAUGUAUCGUGGACCUGCUUCAAGAUCAAACACGUCGUCAAACCAGGCGAGUACGAAUGGAUCCAACCAGCUGUCUUCGUACAAUGGCACCCGCAAGAGGAUCGCCAGCUCGUAUUCUUCCUGAACCUGCCGCCCGUCGUGGCAAAGUAUCUCGCCGAGCAUCGACCCUCCACCAACCAGCGGAGGAAUCCCUUCAUCUGGCACGCGCUUUUCGCGCAAGGCGUAGUCGAAGAAUACGACAAGUCGAUUUGGUCCCUGCGUGAUCUGGUCCGGGAUAUCGAGAAGGCCCGCAACCAGCCACACCCGCCCGCCCUCAACUUCCCCAAUCUCCACGACAUCGCCCGCCACAUCUUCCACUCGAAUGAGACCCUCGAAGUAGCCGCGCAUACCCUGCAGUCUCUGAUCGACGAGCAGACCCGGUUCCGCGCCGAGCAUGCAGAGCUGGUGAACGGUAACCGCGGCGCCUGGUUACACGCCGCGCAGCGUGCGCACUUCGUCGCGAAACAGCUGCAUUCGCUCAUGACGCGUUCGAAAUCGCUCAGUGAGCGGUUGCGCAACGAGAUCAAUCUGGCGUUCAACCUGGUCUCGCAGAAGGACAGUGCGAUGAUGAAGACGGUGGCGGUCGUGAGUAUGGUAUAUUUGCCGGGGACGUUUAUCUCGGGUCUCUUCGGGACGAACUUCUUCAAUCUUUCGGGUAAUGAUGGGUCGCAGUCGUGGAUCAUGUCGGGGAAUUUUUGGCUGUAUUGGGCCAUCACGCUGCCGCUUACCUUUGCGACGGUUGCGGUUUGGGCUUCGUGGCAUUAUUUUCCGCACUAUUACCCGUGUAUGUGUCACAAGCCGCUGAAGGGCAGUGAAUCGGUUGCCUGA